CACAAGGAUUGUCUUCACUCAUGGCCUUGGGAUUAAGGUGCUUUCGCUUGGCCUACCCUGCCUUUUGCAACUCUGUUGCAGCCCUGAGCAGAUCUGUUUCAGACAUUACGCUGAAGACAGUGAAUAGAAGACAAAAUGGCUAUAGGCAGUACAUAGCCUAUCCAGCAUUACCAGUCCGUCAUUUUGCUACCAAGAAAGCCAAAGCCAAAGGAAAAGGACAGUCCCAAACCAGAGUGAAUAUUAACACGGCCUUGGUUGAGGAUAUAAUCAACUUGGAAGAGGUAGAUGAAGAAAUGAAGUCUGUGAUGGAAACACUCAAGGAUAAUUUCAAUAAGACUCUUAAUAUAAGGACCUCACCAGGAUCCCUUGAUAAUAUCACUGUGGUAACUGCUGAUGGAAAGCUUGCUUUAAACCAGAUCGGCCAGAUCUCCAUGAAGUCACCACAGCUGAUUUUGGUGAACAUGACCAGCUUCCCUGAGUGUACAGCUGCAGCUAUCAAGGCUAUAAGAGAAAGUGGAAUGAAUCUGAACCCAGAAGUGGAAGGGACGCUAAUUCGGGUGCCCAUACCCAAAGUAACCAGAGAGCACAGGGAAAUGCUAGUGAAACUGGCCAAACAGAGCACUAACAAGGCCAAAGAUUCCUUAAGGAAGAUUCGUACCAACGCAAUGAAUAAGCUGAAGAAAUCCAAGGACAAAGUCUCAGAGGACACCAUUAGGCUCAUAGAGAAACAGAUCAGCCAAAUGGCCGAUGACACAGUUACAGAGUUGGACAGGCAUCUGACAGUGAAGACCAAAGAACUCCUUGGAUAAAAGCCCACAGGGACCAGCAGCACUCCAGAGCCCAGUUUCUAGUGAUCUCAUGAGUGCAAAUUGGGACCUCUCUCACCAUCACAUGGAAGCCUGGCCACCCACUCAGUUGUUGGUCCUUGUGAAGCUCAGCCUUCCAGUGGGGCACCCAGACUCUUUUCCUCCUG